AUGGCGACGCAGGCGGCGUCCACAGCACCUGUAUCACACCGCCCAGACGCGCCACUCGAGUCGUAUCCAGCGCAACUUUCGGCGCCGUCUGCAUCCACCCAUGACACGGUUCGAGACACCACCCAGCCGCCAACCCGAAUCGACGAAGGAGCAGAAAUCCCCACACGCGCUCGAGGCGAGAUCAGCAGCGAGGUCACACCUCAACCCUCAAUACCUGCUGUCGUCGUUCGCAAUCGGCAAGCGGAGCCACUGCCGGCGCCUGUCGACACACGUGCUCAAGCCGAGACCAGGAGCCAGUCAGCUCAGAUCUCAGUACCGAGCAACGACAGCGGUCAUCAAGCGAGGCAGCUGCAGUCGACAGCAGCACCCUCCAGGUCGUUCAUCCGAAGCAUCUCCGCACCGAACCUCGUCAGGCGCGACACCGCCGAACUCGCUUCGCCACUUCCCGACCUCAGCCUCUACACUCUGCUCGACGCAGCGGAUUUCUUGCCGCAAGUUGGCGCGAAGUCGAUCGAUAAGGGUAAGAAGCGUGCGAUCGAUGUGGUGGAUGUCAGCAGUGACAGCGAAGAGGAUGGUGGAGACGUUGCGGAAGAUGGCGAUGAGGAGAGCGAAAGUGGUGAAAGCGGUGGCAUGAGGGGACGGGGAGAAGAGACGGAGGAUGAGGCUUGUCGGGACUUGAAUGUGGCAGUCGCUGGGCUGGAUGGUGAGGAGACAGAGUCGUAUAACGAGGAUGAAGAGGACAGCGAUACUGGUAGCGAGAGAAGUGCUCUUCGGUCAAGUCAGAGGACCUCGCCGUCGAAGCGAGGACGUCCGUCACAGGGCGGGGAAGCCUCGACAAGAAAGAGAGGAAGGCCAAUAGGAAGCGGUAGGGGAAGAGGAGGGAAGAUUCGUGGGCAAUUCUCUGGACGCACCAUUCUCGGAUUCUACUCUUCCAAUCGCCAACAGACACCAAUGUCGACAGAGAGCCGACAGACAUCCCACUGUACGGAGAACCGACCUACGUAUGCUUCGCUGGAUGUCCCGACUCGGAGAGGUUCCUCACCUUCCUUCACCCGACUCCAGAGAAGCUCCUCACUCUCGCUCGCCCGUGCUUCACCCAAUAUCUGCGACGACGGCGAUAUGUCGCCACAUGUGUCAGUCUUUGAAUCCCCAUCGACGUCGUUCUCUGCUCAUCCAGGCGAAGAUCAUACAUUGCCCUUUCGACAUCGGACUCAGGCUGCUCCUCCUCCCACUCCAUCUCCCUCGCAACUCUCUACAACAUUCGACGAUAAGAAAGUCAAGACGCUGCGACGCAUGCACGAAGAAGCCACCACAAUGCGAUCCGUCGCCGACCAAAUGCGCGAUUUGUGGAUCGACUUUCAAAACGCAUACGACCGCUACACGCAGGAUCACGUUAGCUUGGGACAAGAGACGAGCGGAUGCCAGGGCAGAAUCGCCGAACACGUGCAUUUUCACGUCGGUCUGUCGAGCGAUGUACACCUGUUCGCGGCUGCGAUGCAGCGGGCGCUGGAUGAUGGGGCAGACGCGCCUCCGAAGUUGAGGUUCAAGGGUGUGGCGAGAAGGGAGAGGGACGGAUGA